AUGGGUGUGAACGGCCUCUGGACAGUUGUGCAACCAUGCGCUCGACCGACGAACCUAGCGACUCUCAAUCGUAAGCGGCUUGCAGUAGAUGCCUCAAUUUGGAUCUACCAAUUCCUUAAAGCUGUGCGCGACAAGGAGGGAAAUGCUUUGCGCAAUUCCCAUGUCGUUGGUUUCUUUCGUCGCAUAUGCAAGCUCCUAUGGUUCGGUAUUCAACCAGUUUUUGUCUUUGAUGGCGGUGCCCCUGUACUCAAGCGACAGACAAUCCAACAUCGGAAGCGGAGACGUGAAGGUCGUCGCGAAGAUGCUGUUCGAACCGCUGGCAAGCUCUUGGCUGUGCAGAUGCAGCGAAUCGCGGAAGAGGACCAAGAUCGCAGGCGAAGAGACCGUGAACGCGAUAUAUCAGCUAGGGAGGAAGAGCAACAGGAGGUGAUUCCCGAAGCUAGCCAGCUCGUAUACGACGAUGAGGCUCUCCUGUCACAGCAGGAACGACAGAAGGGAAGGACAUUCCGAAAACAAGAUGCAUACCACCUACCUGACCUCGACGGAGGUGGUAUCGCAGCAAUGGGGAAGCCUGAUGAUCCGCGAAUCAUGAGCGUAGAGGAACUGGAAGAAUACGCCCGACAGUUCCACGAAGGAGAAGACAUCAAUCUUUACGACUUUAGCAAGAUCGAUUUCGAUGGCGAGUUUUUCAAAAGUCUUCCCGCCGCCGAUCGAUACAAUAUUCUUAAUGCAGCGAGGCUCCGAAGUCGAUUGAGAAUGGGCCUUAGUAAGGAACAAUUGGAAGAAAUGUUCCCAGAUCGCAUGGCAUUCUCCAAAUUUCAAAUCGACAGAGUCAAGGAGCGCAACCACCUCACCCAACGUCUCAUGUACGAAGUGGGUAUGACGGGUACUGACCUCACUCUUGGAGUCAAUGCAAGAGUCGCUGGAGAAAAGAACCGCGAGUACAUCCUUGUAAAAAACGAUGGUGCAGAAGGAGGAUGGGCCCUGGGUGUGGUUAGCAGAGAUAAAGAUGUUGGUGAAGCACACAAACCCAUUGACGUGGAUGCCAUCCAAGUUCAAUACCAGUCCAAAGAAGACGAAGAUGAAGAUGAGGAUUUCGAGGACGUCCCUAUUGAAGGUCUUAAUCGAUUGCCAAAGCCUUCUGCCUCGCAGAUAGCUAGCUAUCAAGCAGCUCAAGACGCAGCGACAAGACGUCGACAAUUCUACAGUGGCCAUCGGAAGGAAUCAACAGAGCAGGAAGAGGGAUCGCUCUUUGUUGGCGAUAAUGUCGAAAAUACAGAUAAUUUAUUCCAGGAACCACUGGAAGACGAGCUGCAUGCCGAUGAGGAGGAUGAUCUCAACCGCGCAAUCGCCAUGUCACUCCAAAAACAGCAUGGGGUUGGACUGGAGUCAGAAAAAGAGGAAGAUUUUCAAGAUGUCCUUACCGAAGCACCAAAAUGGACACAAAAGUCUGUCGAGUCACAAAAGCCUAUCACAGCCAAGGGAGGCUCCAUGAUCGCCCAUAUCGUCAACAACCGAGCAAGUGCUGCUGUGCCAAAGCGACAAGAGCAUGAUACCGCUGCCGACAGUGAUAGUGAUGAUAUGCAGACGGUACUUGCAAAGGCAAGGAUGCAGAAGAAGCCGCAGCCGAAACCCAAAGCAAAGUUCGUGCCUGUUGUUGAAAACAAGAAGAACCCAUUCGACGGCCCACUGCCGUUCGCUAAACUUGAUUGGCGCUCUUCUGUGUUUGGAAAGAAGAAGACCGAGGUGGCCGGACCAAGCAAGAAAGCCGAGGUUACAGAUGAAGCUCCAGCUCCGAAGUACGAUGAAGAGGACGACAUGGCUGGUGGCUUUGAGAGAGAGUUAGUGGACGAGAAUGCACCCAAACCCCUACCGCCAUGGAUGGCAGAUGACACAGACAUCCGAGAGUCGCUUAAGAAGCAAAAGGAUGCAGAACGUGAGAUCAACAACGCAGACCGGCUGGCAGCUGAGGAGGACCAGAGACUUUAUCGCCGGAACAUGCAGGACCAGCUGAUUCAUAUUGACUCCUCAUCAGACGAUGACAGCGACAUUGAGGUUCUCGAGAAAGCUCCAUCACCCAAGACGUCUCAGAGAGAGACGAACUUUGUUGACGUUGACGAGCCUGAAGCCACCAAGAAAGCUUCACCCCAGUUUGAAAAGCCAGAACUUAUUUCAGAAAAGGCCCCAGAGGAAACCAUGGAGCCCCCAUCUCUUCCUGAAGUCGAAGUGCUUGCAGACCGUACUCUGGUGGACUCAACUAACCUUCCGGCGCAAGAAACAGGGGACGAAUCUGAGAAAUCAGAAUCACCUGAACCGGAAUUCGAGGAUGUGGUGCCUACCAAUGCCGUGACUGAAGUCGCGGCAGAAAAGAGUCCUACGCCCAUCUUCGAAGAGCUUCCUUCUAUCAGUGCGCCCUUAGUAAACGAAGGAGCCCAGGAGCCUGAUCUUGAAGAAGACGAUGGCCUCUUUGACGAUGUAGAGUAUGACGAAUUCAGCGAUCCUGGUGAUGAAGAGCUCUUGGCAUCGCUGGCCGAGGAAUCUGAAGAGCAUGCCCGUUUUGCUAGCGAGCUGAACAAUAAGACGGCUGAGCAGAACAAAGAGGACUAUGAAAGAGAACUGCGUGCUCUUCGAACUCAACAGAAGAAAGACCGCCGAGAUGCCGAUGAGGUGACCCAAGUCAUGAUCACAGAAUGCCAAGCUCUACUACGAUUAUUCGGCAUCCCUUACAUUACGGCUCCCAUGGAAGCUGAAGCACAAUGCGCCGAGUUGGUUAAGCUUGGGCUCGUCGAUGGCAUCGUGACGGAUGAUUCAGAUACCUUCUUAUUUGGCGGCACACGAGUCUACAAAAACAUGUUCAACAGCAACAAAUUUGUAGAGUGCUACCUAAUGAACGACAUUGAGAAUGAGUUAUCCUUGACCCGCGACCAACUUAUCUCGCUUGCUCAUUUGCUCGGUUCUGAUUAUACCGAAGGGCUACCCGGAGUAGGUCCAGUUACAGCAGUAGAGAUCCUCUCCGAGUUUCCUGGUAGAUCUGGGCUGGAGAACUUUCGUGAAUGGUGGAAAUCGGUGCAGUCACAAACACGGCCUAAGGAUGCCGAUGUUUCGACCCCCUUCCGCAAGAAGUUUCGCAAAUCACAGGGUACCAAGCUCUUUCUACCGCCGGGCUUCCCUAGUCCGGCUGUCUACGAUGCUUACCUCCACCCAGAGGUCGAUGACAGUAAUGAAAAUUUUCAAUGGGGUGUACCGGACGUGGAGGGACUACGGCAAUUUUUGAUGGCUACCAUUGGUUGGAGUAAGGAGCGUACAGACGAAGUACUUGUGCCAGUUAUCAAAGACAUGAACAAGCGAGACCGUGAAGGUACGCAGAGCAACAUUACCAGGUUCUUCGGAGGCAGUGUCGGAGUUGGAGCCAAGGAUGCGUUCGCACCGCGGCAGAGAGCCCAGGGUAGUAAACGCAUGGCGGCUGCGGUAGACCGUCUGCGAGCGAAUGUUGCAGGUGAAGAGCCACAGAGCUCUGCAAACGGUGGAGGGAAGAGAAAGAGGGGAUCGAGAAGGAACGCAACUAGGACAGCAGAAGACGAAGAUGACGAGCAGGAAGAGGAGCAAACUACAAGCAAGGGUCACGGUAAGAGAGCGAAGGCUUCAUAA